GACGGCUUCGUCAAUCGCACCUUGCCUCACUUUGCCAAAGGCUCUCGAGAGCCCAAGGCCCGUGGAUUCGUGGCCAACAGUUUCUACAGUGGCUUGGAGCCGCCGGAGUUCUUCUUCCACACCAUGGGCGGACGAGAAGGUCUGGUAGAUACCGCUGUGAAGACUGCGGAGACAGGAUACAU